UAUGGGUUUCACAAAGUACCGAGCAUUGAGCAUGGAUCAUUACUGGCUAGCACACAGAAAGAGAUUCUGGAGUUUUCAAACAAAAACUUUCAAAAAAAUCGACCAGAUCUUCUUUGUUUUGCUGUUCGUCGUACCAACACUCAAUCGGACGAACUGGUAAAAGACGGCACUCUAGAUAUGAACACUGUUAUUCAUGAAAUUUCAGCCAUUAAACGGCAUCAGUUUACCAUCAGUGCAGAGAUUCAAAAGUUUCAAAGUGAAAACGAAACCCUCUGGAACGAAUCGAUUCAAUUGCGGGAGCGCUAUACCAAGCAACAGGAAACUAUUGACAAAAUA